GUGCGUGGUUCUUUCGUCAAAUGUUCGACAUCAAUCCCCUCUCCCAACUAUGCGUAUUCACAGCGUAUUGAGCGUAUUAAUCAUCCAUCGAUCCUCAGCCUACGUACGUUCUGGUGCAGUACCCUUUCGUCAGGUGUUAUUCGAGAAGCAAUUCUCUCACGACCAUCAUAAUCGCCAUUCCUUUGUCUCUUUGUUUCCUUGGCACAGACGUGCAUGCAUUGUUAAACACACACAUACACGUACAUAUGAACCCCGGUUAAGUAGCAUCUGAACAUCCAUCCAACCUCGUUUUAGCUCAAAGGAAUGUCAUUGCUUCCUUUCUACACCAGUAUUUCAUGAAUCCGUCUUACACGGGAG